AUGAAGUUGGAAGAAAUGGUUCAGGAAAAAGUAAUUUUUUCGCAGGAAGGCACUGGCCCCGCAACAAUGUCGGCUUAUGUGGAGAUUAUAUUCGAUAACAGUGACAAUCGAUUUCCAACUGGAAAGGAUGAAGUGGUUUUACGACGUACUAUUGGUUUAAAGAAGGACGAAUAUUCAUUGGACAAGAAGAGUGCAACGAAAGCCGAUGUGAUGAAUCUGCUGGAGAGCGCCGGGUUUUCGCGUUCGAAUCCUUAUUAUAUUGUUCCACAGGGUCGGAUCACUGCACUGACAAAUGCUAAAGACCAUGAGAGACUUCAUUUGUUAAAAGAAGUCGCUGGGACAAGGGUCUAUGAACAAAGAAGGCAAGAAAGUAUGAAAAUCAUGGAGGAGACUGACAUGGACCGUGAGCGCCGAUGCUUAGAAUAUACAAUUUAUCAUCGCGAACAGACGGAUCUCUUGCAGCAACUACAAGAAAUGGAUGAAGCUCGCGAAAAAGAUGUUCGUGGGUCGGACGAACAAAAUAAAGAAUACGACCAGCAACAUCGGUCAAUAACAGAAAUAGAAAAUCAAAUUCAUGAGUUGCAGGAAAAUAUCGAAUUUCUCAAAAUAGAAAAGGAGCAACUCGAUGAUGAUAAAAGAGAUCAUAUAAAAGUCUAUGCUCAAAUUGAACUAGAAAUCAAAGAUCUUGAAGAGACGACAUCCCAAAAUCACAAGCUGAAGAGAAAACGAGAGGCAGAAUUGCGGUCUGUUGAAGCUGAUAUACAACGCAAAGAAUCGGAGCUAAAUGAAGUUUUGCCGAAUUAUGAAAGGGAAUUACAUCAAGAAGCUCAACUUAACGAGAACCUAGAGCAAGCAGAGCUCCGAAGGCAAGCUCUGUAUGCAAAACAAGGAAGAAGCAUCCAAUUUCGCACGCGAGCCGAGCGCGAUCGAUGGCUUCAGGAAGAAAUGGCUGAAAUUAAACGUACAAUUAGCGUACAACAAAAACAAGCUAGUGAUUUAGAAGAUGAAAUAGAAAAUAUUAAGCGCACUAUAGUAACGACUGAAGUCGAAAUACAGAACAAGAGGGAACAACUAGAGCAACGUAAAAAGAGUCUUGAACAAAUGAAUACUGAUCUUAAUGAGUUAAAAGCGAAGAGGGAUAAGCUUACAGACGAAAGAAAAGAACGAUGGCGAGAGGACGCACAGCUUGAUACUAAGUUAAGUAACACACGUGAGCUGUUGCGAAAGAGUGAAAGGUCUUUAAUGGGAUCUAUGGACAAGAAUACUAGUGCAGGUUUGGCUCUCGUGAAGAAGAUAACUGAGCGUUACAAACUUAAGGGGGUAUAUGGACCUUUGUUUGAGUUAUUUGAAUGCGUAAGUGAUUCCUACUGGACUGCUGUAGAAGUGACUGCUGGUCAAAGCUUAUUUCAUGUAGUAGUCGACACCGAUGAGACUGCUACGAAAGUAUUGAAAGCUCUCAAUGAGGCAUCAAAUGGUCGCGUCACUUUCAUGCCUUUAAAUCGGUUACACCCGAAACCAUGCGAAUACCCAGCUGAUGACGAUGUCAAACCUAUGUUAGAAGUAAUAAAGUUCGGUGACAAAUAUGCAAAGGCUUUCCAACAAGUUUUUAGCCGAACAAUAAUAUGUUCUAACCUCGAAACCUGUGCAACGUUCGCGAGGAGUCAUGGUUUGAAUUGUAUCACAAUGAGUGGUGACCGCGUAGAUCGUAAGGGUGCCUUAAGCGGUGGAUACCAUGAUGUUAGGCGAAGAAGGUUGGAAGCUUCUUCAAACUAUAAAAGAUACAGAAGCGACUGUGAAGAACUGGAAGGUCGUGCUAGUGCAAUAAAGAGCGACAUUACACGUCUUGAUCAAAGCAUCACUCGUAUCCUGGGCCAGAUGCAAUUGAUUGAAGCGAGGCGAAGGCAAGCACAAGACAGUCGUGAUCCGCUCAUAUUCGAAAUUAAUUCAAAGAUAAAAGAAGAGGCUAGUUUAAGAGAAUCAAAAGCCAACAAGGAGAAAUCUUUACAAAAUGUACAAACUGAUAUCAGAAUGCUUACCGCACAAUAUCAAGCCCACCAAACGGAAAUGGGAACAGAGCUUGCUCAGCAGUUAACGCCACAAGAAGGACAGCAGCUUGCAGAGUUGAACGCGUCGAUUGAAGACUUACGGGAACGUCUAGCAAGAUCAUCAACCACAAGGUCGCAGUUAGAAAUAAGAAAGAAUGUGCUCGAAAAUGAACUCAACGCAAAUCUCAAACGACGUAGAGAUGAAUUUGUUGCGCAGAUAGAAAGUCUUACAACCAACGAAGAUGCCCGUUUAUCUGUCAACAAAAAGGAGUUGGAAAAGACGAUUCGGAAUAUUAAUAAGCGUACCGAAGAAAUUGAGAAAACUCUGCGCAAACUAUCUACGGAUUUAACCGAUAAGAACGAGGAACUUGAAAAAGCUAAAGCGGAUCAAGAGAUUUGGCAACAAGAGAUGGAAAGGCAUCAAAAAGUAAUGGAAAAGUUCUUAUCGAAAAGAAGUUUAUUGCUUAAGAAGAAAGAGGAAUGCCAGAAGAACAUUCGCGAACUUGGUGCACUGCCUGAUGCAGCUUUUGAAAAGUAUACUAGCACUGACUUGACCAAGCUUUUAAAGAUGUUACAUAAAGUUAGAGAGGGCUUGAAAAAAUACAAUCACGUCAAUAAAAAGGCUUUUGAACAGUAUAACAAUUUUACCAAGCAAAGAGACACGCUAACAAAACGAAAAAUAGAAUUGGAUCAGUCUAAAAGAGCUAUUGCUGAUUUAAUAGAUGUCCUCGACCAACGGAAAGACGAAGCGAUUGAACGUACCUUUAAACAAGUUGCCAAAUACUUCUCCGAAGUCUUCGAGAAACUAGUUCCUGCUGGGCGUGGUCAACUAAUUAUGCUGAGACAUAUUGAUAGGGUCUCCUUCAACAGCAAGACUGACGAGGGCCUUCGAAUGCAACAAUUAUCAGGUGGACAGAAAUCUUUGGUUGCUCUCACGCUUAUAUUUGCCAUACAACAAUGUGAUCCAGCACCGUUUUAUUUGUUCGAUGAAAUUGAUGCUGCACUUGAUGCUCAAUAUCGAACAGCUGUUGCCUCAAUGAUACAUGAAUUAAGUGAAAAUGGCCAGUUUAUUACCACUACGUUUCGACCCGAGAUGUUGGCGAAUACGGACAAAUUUUACGGCGUGACAUUCUCUAACAAGGUAUCACGCGUUAAUUGCAUCACGAAAGAAGACGCUUUGAAUUUCGUCGAGCAGGAACAACCACAAUAA